GAUAAAUAUAUAUGUAGCAUAUAGUGGUUAUAUUCUCUUUGCAUAAUAUUUAUUUAUCUGCGUUAUUGAUGAAAAAGAGAAUUAGAAUUGAAAAUUGAUUCAAAUUCAAUUAUAUUAAAGCUAUGGCCUUUAGUGAAGUUUGUAGAAUUUGUUUAUGCGGUAAUAUACGCAUGUAUGUACUAAAGGAGACUGGUCUCCAAAAUUUGUACAAAACAUUGACGAACAGUUUUAUGGCUGAGAAUGAGGGGCCCAUAAUUGUCUGUUACAUUUGUCAUGCAAGACUCAUUCGUUGCGGAAGAUUACAACAGCAGGCUAUUGAGUCAAAUGCAGUUGUGGAGCAGUUGCUUGCAGGAGGGUCCAUGUCAAAACCGCACGAGGCUAGAGAUAAGAUUCAAUACUCAACAAUUUAUCAUAUAGAUAUCAGGCCAGUUGAGUGUGAUAUAGAAAAUGAUUUUAAGGACGAAAAUUUUAGCCUUGAAUUUGUUAAAGUUGAGGUAGAGACUUUCGAAAAUGAGGAUUCCAAAUUUGAAGAAAUUAGGAAUCAUGAAACAGAGACUGCUGUAAAAGCAGAAGACUUGGAGAUUGAUGCUAUUGGAGACAGACAGACGGAUUCGGAGGACGACUUGCUACUAAAUGCAUUUGAUUCAAAGAGUAAAGAGCAAUCUAAGACUGCAAAAUUAAAACAGAAGAGCAGAGAUAAUAAAAAUGAUGACGAUGAUACAGGUAAAGAAAUUUAUUAAAAAAAAAAAACAGUAUCAAUAAAAAACACAUUAGAAAUUUCUCCUGGAUGAUGUAGUUGGAGAUGUACUGUAUAUACAAAACUUUGUUCUUUAAUUACACAUGAACAGCCAGAACCAAAAUGAUUAUUUAAAGACCAUAAAAUUAUCUAGUUUCAUGCAGAAACUGAAUUCGCCAGUGAGACCCAAGAUGUUAUAAAAUAAAACAGGACCACCACACUUUCACAGCAUACCAGCGUAAAAUAACAGCUGGAUGCUGCUGUGUCAUGUAUUGUGAGUGUAGAGAACCGGAGACCCUUUUUCUUUUGAAGCAAUUUGAGUUAGUGCUGUAGCUUAGGAAAUGAUGGAACUGGCAUACAAUAAGCGGUAAAAGUCCCUUAAAUAUUUAUAUAAUACAAAACACCUUAGUCUUCAUAGCUGACCACGCAUCUACAUUUUGAUUCUUAAUGGGAUGUAGAUAUCUUUGGUUAAAGCAUCCUCUUACCGUCAGGUGGACUGUGUGCCCGUUUGUUAUCCAUAGUCUAUAGAAUACUUUAUUUAUGAAGAAGUUGUCUGCUUAUAAUCUAUAAUGAUACAUUUACACCAUCAGUAUAACGAAAUCAAAUGUCGAACAUUAAAACUGACUUAACCAUGAUUCCCAGCAUAUUUUAUUUUCCACAGUAGCACUGCUGGUCAAACGCACUUUGGAUUCCAACCCAACCAGAGACAAUGUUAGUGUAAAAAAGAAUGCUGAAUUUGACGGCCAGGUGGCCUUGAAAUUGUAAUUCAACAAUUUUAUGGGUGCCAGCGAAAAUUGAACACGGGUACAGUACGAGAGCAGUACUGUGAUAUUUUACGGCAAACGCCUAGCCCCAGAGCUACCAGGGCUUUUUUUAAGUGUUUUAUGGAUCCAUCUUAAUCGUACCGUAAACAUCCACUGCUGAUCAUGGAAGCAGCUCCCCCGAUGUAGGGAGGAUUUGCUUUAAUCAUCACGCUUGGCAUAUGGUUGAGGAUCGCAUACCAGACGUGAGCACCUCUGACUAUGUUGCCUGUCGCCGGUUUGGUUAUUUUACGUCUGAAGUAAACGAGGUGGUUUUACCACCAUUUGUCGGAAGCCAUAAGAUUUUUCUGGCAAACCCAUAGUCGCCUAUUACGAAACCCACGGACAAAAUGUGAUGAUGAAUUAUCUUACGCCGCACUUCACGGCAUCUUCGACCAUAUUAUAUAUUUACUAUUUACGAAAAAAUACGUAUCAAAAUGUAUGUUUGCAUAACAGUAAUUAUUAGAUUAAUGUGAUUUUAACAUGGUGAGAAGAACGUCAUCGUUAUCAUUCGAAUUUAGUUUCUCUACCAUUCCUCAAAAAAUGAAUAUGAGAGACACUAUUCAGAGUAAUUGGCUAAAAUACUUUACAUCUAGCAUCAUUAUGUAAUAUUGUAAUUUAUCUAUUUCUGCCUGGGUUGACUGAUAGAGAAUGCCAUAAAGCAUAAACUUCGCCCAAUGUUAACCGUUUAAGCUGUCUUACAAUCAAUUAAAUGGUUAAUUCGUGUGUAUUUCAGAACAACACAUCAUAACGACAAAUAAUUUUUCAAAACCGUCUAAGAGAAAUAUUAAAUCAAAUUCUACUGAUUGUAACAUAAACGAUGUUCGCAAAGGAAACCUCGAUUUAGAAAGCCCUACUAUUAAAUCAAAGCCUAAACUGAAAGAAGAUAAUCAACCAAUC